AUGUGGACGAGGUCUGCUGACAUCUACGAGCAACAGAAAUACUGGCACACAUUUCCGAACCACAGUAAUGCUGAUCUUGGGAUUUAUGAAAUUUUCAUGAAUAAUGUCAAAAAUCAAAAAUUAACUGACGCAAUUGCACCGCUUCGUAUUCCUUCAGCACAAGGUGCUCACGUUUUGUUCUGUUUCGGAAUCAAAGCUGACUUCAUUUAUAUUGACGCCGGUCACGAUUAUGAUUCAGUGUACAGUGAUUUGGCAUCGUUUCGAAGCAUUCUAACUGAGGGGGGAGUUAUGUUUGGGGACGAUUACAUUCGCCCAGAUCUUAUCGAAGCAGUGGAUGAUUAUGCAGUCGAAGCUGGUGUUCCUGUUACUGUAGACAGUGACCGACGCACAUGGAUUUUGCAUUUCUCAUCGCCAGAUUCAUCAACGAUAUUACCGUGGCGUUUCUGA